AUGGCAAUUACCAUUAAGGAGUCACAGCAUCUUAGUAUACCCUUUGAAGAUAUAGAAGUAGCAACGAAUAAUUUCACAACAGUUAUUGGGAAAGGUGGAUAUGGGUUUGUUUAUAAAGGUAAACUUUUGCUUUCGAAUAAACUUACCAUUGUCGCUGUAAAACGACUAAGUAGUAACAUUUCUGGUCAAGGGUUCAAGGAGUUCUUAACUGAAAUAAAGUUGCUUUCUCGCUAUAAACACCCAAACCUAAUCUCGCUUCUUGGUUUUUGUGAGGAAGGAAAUGAAAAAAUCCUGAUUUAUGAACAUGCGGUGCGUGGAAGCCUAGAUAAGUAUCUUCGUAGUGACGAUAAAGCCCCGGCGUCUCCACUCACUUGGACCCAACGAAUCAAUAUAUGCAUUGAUGCAGCCCAGGGAUUGGAUUAUCUCCAUAAUCAUGUUGGGAAAUUCCAUAAAAUUAUCCACAGAGAUAUUAAGAGUGCUAAUAUUUUGUUAGAUCAAAGUUGGAAAGCUAUGAUUUCGGAUCUUGGACUAUCUAAAAUUGGCCGUUCAAAUGACAAUGAUAGUUAUCUCAUUACUAAUGCUUGCGGCACACAUGGUUAUUGCGAUCCAGUAUAUAGGGAUACAGGAAUCCUAACUAAAGAGUCGGAUGUUUAUUCAUUUGGCGUGGUAUUGUUUGAAGUCUUGUGCGGGAGAUUGUGUUUCAUGAAUGUACAAAAUGAGCGACGAUUUCUAGACCGUUUGGCCCCGCGUUACUACGAGGCAGGAAGAUUAAAUGAGAUUGUUGAUAUUGAACUGAAGGAUCAGAUCGGCUCAACUUCACUGAAUAUAAUUGCUGAUAUUGCUUAUCAAUGCUUACAGAAUGAUCGUGAAAAACGACCGUCAAUGAGUGUGGUUGUAGAGAAACUUGAAGAAGCCAGGAAAUCACAAGUAAGUUUAAUCAAAGAGGAUUUCGAUUAA